CGGCUAACAUUUAUCAACUCUUAAUGUGUUCCAGACUGUGCCAAGGGCUUAUAUGCAGUGCAUUGUCACAUUCAAACCCAGACAGUCUGGCUGUGGGCCCAGGCUGAGCUUCAGUGUAGCAUGGUAUAGUCUAUAAUGUCUAGUCUUGGUUCAAAUCCUGGCUUCACUUCUCAUAUUUAUAGCUGAGUGACCUCAGGCAAGUGAUUUAACCUCUCUGUACUUUAGUUGCUUUAUCUGUAAAGAGAAAUCACAGUGCUGUGGAAUAGUGUGAGUUAAAAUUCAUUCAUACAAGUAGUGCUGCAAGCAGUGCUUAAUGUAAGGUGAGAAGCUGUUCAGGGCUUACUUUCCCUGGCUGCCUCUGGGGCUAGAGUGUGGUGUCUUUGUGGUAGUAGACAGAUAUGGCUGAGCCCACACAAACGCCAAGAGCUGCUCUUCACCAUUAGAGGCAGUAAACAGAGUGGUGAUUGAGCUCUGUGGCUCUAGAAUAGAGCCCAGCAAGCUAUGACCCAAUCCCUAUUUUAAUAUGGCCUGUGAUUCAUUGAUUGAUUUUGUUUUUUGGUUUUUUUUUGAGAUGAAGUCUCACUCUGUUGCCCAGGCUGGAGUGCAGUCACACGAUCUCACUCACUGCAACCUCUGCCUCCCAGGUACAAGCAUUUCUUCUGCCUUAGCCUUCAGGUAACUGGGAUUACAGGCACACACCACCAUGACUAGCUAAUUUUUGUAUUUUUAGUAGAGAUGGGUUUUCACCAUGUUGGCCAGGCUGGUUUCGAACUCCUGACCAUCAGCCCACCUCAGCCUCCUGAAGUGCUGGAAUUACAGGCAUGAGCCACGACGCUCAGCUAAUUUUGUUUUUUUAGUAGAGACGGGGUUUCUCCAUGUUGAUCAGCUGGUCUCAAACUCCCGACCUCAGGUGAUCCACCUGUCUCAGCCUCCCAAAGUGCUGGGAUUAUAGGCAUGAGACACAGUGCCCGGCCAGCUGUUUGUCUUGAGGAUAGUGACAUAACCCCUCAGAACCUAUUUCCUAAUAUGUUAAAUGAGGCUGAUGACAUUUACCCCACUGGCAAUUUAAAUAUGAUGGAUAAUAGAUGCUAAGCACUUAACACAGGGCAUAGAACGUAUUAAGUGCUCAAUAAAUGGUAGCUUAUUAACGGUAUUCAAACCAAUGUGCUCUUACGGCAUGCACUGUCGUCCCUAUGUCCAACUGGUGGAAUGGGAAAAGGCUCCCUUGUAACCCCAUCUACCAUCUUUGUCACACACUUUCCUGCCAUGGUUUGCAGUAAGAGAUAGAAGCUGCAGGGUUACUUCUGGCUCUUUACAAUGGAGACAGGGGUAUGCCUGGUGAGGGAGAGCUGAUGUUGUCACUGUCCUAAAUCCAAUGGUGGUCUGAGUGUUCUGGAUUCCUCUGGCAGCCUUGCUUUUUCCCUUAUAAUCCUGCAGGUAGGGAGACAAGGGCUUUCUCCAUGGUAGGCUCUGGUUUGGUCAUCCUCACAACUGGGGCUCUUCAGGCAGGCUCCCAUUCCAGAUACCUAGGCUUAUCAAUCCCUCUAGGCACCCCAGGCCUUCUCCCUCAUGCCCCAUUUUUUAGUUUGAGAAGCAUGGUUAUCAUUGAACAUAGAUGGUGUUCUGCAUGUGAAUACCCAGUGAAUAGUGAGUGAAUAAGAGUAACCUUGGCUCCAUACUAUUUGCAGAGGGCUUUGAAAAUGACUUUUCUCCUUGAAGAGGCAGAAUGAAGCCUGGUAGUGGGAGAGCUCCAGCUCUAGAGACACAUGGGCCUACAUUUAAAUCCCAGCCCUGCCACUGACUCCCUUUUUGACUUUGAGUGAGUUACUUAAUCUCUCUGUACCUCACUUUCCUUGUCUGUAGAGUGGGAAUAAUUCCUGUCUCAGAGAAGUAAAAGCGUGCAUAUAGUGUUUGGUACAUGGAGAUAAAUCAGGUGUAGGUUAAUUCUCUGGGCUUUGUUUCCUUAUUUGCAACACAGCCCUGCCCUGGAGUGGAAGUGGCACCUCCCAUUGGUCAGUUUUUGAGGCUGUCCCCAGGCCAGGCAAAGAGAGGGAAUGAAUGGGUGCCCUAGUGCCAGGACAGAGCAGAUGUCAGCUGGGAGCUAGGAUGGCUCUCUGAACCUGCCUCUCCUACCAGAGGUCCCCCCUUCAGUGUGUCUAUGCCUGGAGCUGGCAUCCUCUGUUUUUUUUUUUUUUAACCUCCAAGCAGAAUUACUGUCCUGUAGGCAGCUCCUCUGCGUCAGGACAUUUCCCUUCUAUUCCCCUCUAACAUUUCCCCAGAUAUGUUUCCCCUCUAUCCUGCUUUACCCUUCCCUGAGCUCAGGAUGGACGCUCAGUCAGUCCCAGUUAUUGUCUGCAGCGCCAGCCUGCAGCCUCGAUCCAGCCCAGCUCCACCCCUUACAGGCAAGGUCUGUUUCCUAACAGCUGCUCCAACCACACACCUCGGUUCUGCGGGAGCCCCUCCUCUUCCUCCAUCCCUCCCUCUUUCAGGGGUGGGACUGUAGAAGAAGGCUAACUUGACAGUAGCGCUUCUUUCUUAGCUAGUCACCGGCCCCAGCCUGAGAAUGCCAGUGUGUGUGUAGUCUCUGCAGAGAGGUCGUUUUCUCGGAGUCCAGAGGGGCCGCCUGAGCUACUGAGAACCAGGGAGGAGCCAUCCCAGCCAUGAGCCCCUGUGGGAAUCUGCUGGGGGGCCAGUGGCCUGGAGUCCUCAGGCUCCUCCAGCUGCUCCGGAGGGAGAGGUGAGCUCAGGGUAGCCUGCCUGCAGCCAGAGGUGCUGGGAGCCCUCGGCCUGUCAUGGUAGCCAUCUACAGCCAGCCUGAGGCACUCCCAGACGGAUUUGCAGCUGAGCCUGUUUAUCUGGUGUGGGAAGAAGAUGGGGAGUUAUUUGUCAGUCCCAGCCUACUUCACCUCCAGAGACCCAUUUCGGUGUUCAGAGUGCCAGGAUUCCCUCACCAACUGGUACUACGAGAAGGAUGGGAAGCUCUACUGUCGCAAGGACUACUGGGGGAAGUUUGGGGAGUUCUGUCAUGGGUGCUCCCUGCUGAUGACAGGGCCUUUUAUGGUUGCGGGGGAGUUCAAGUACCACCCAGAGUGCUUUGCCUGUAUGAGCUGCAAGGUGAUCAUUGAGGAUGGGGAUGCAUAUGCACUGGUGCAGCAUGCCACCCUCUACUGUGGGAAAUGCCACAAUGAGGUGGUGCUGGCACCCAUGUUUGAGAGACUCUCCACAGAGUCUGUUCAGAACCAGCUGCCCUACUCUGUCACACUCAUCUCCAUGCCGGCCACCACUGAGGGCAGGCGGGGCUUCUCUGUGUCCGUGGAGAGUGCCUGUUCCAACUACGCCACCACCGUGCAAGUGAAAGAGGUCAACCGGAUGCACAUCAGUCCCAACAAUCGCAAUGCCAUCCAUCCUGGGGACCGUAUUCUGGAGAUCAAUGGGAUCCCUGUCCGCACACUUCGAGUGGAGGAGGUGGAGGAUGCAGUUAGCCAGACGAGCCAGACACUUCAGCUGCUGAUUGAACAUGACCCUGUCUCCCAGCGCCUGGAUCAGCUGCGGCUGGAGGCCCGGCUCUCUCCUCACAUGCAGAAUGCUGAACACCCCCACACCCUCAGCACGCUGGACACCAAGGAGAAUCUGGAGGGGACACUGAGGAGACGCUCCCUGAGGCGCAGUAACAGCAUCUCCAAGUCCCCUGGCCCCAGCUCCCCAAAGGAGCCCCUGCUAUUCAGCCGUGACAUCAGCCGCUCAGAAUCCCUUCGUUGUUCCAGCAGCUAUUCACAGCAGAUCUUCCGGCCCUGUGACCUAAUCCACGGGGAGGUCCUGGGGAAGGGCUUCUUUGGGCAAGCUAUAAAGGUGACACACAAAGCCACAGGCAAAGUGAUGGUCAUGAAGGAGUUAAUUCGAUGUGAUGAGGAGACCCAGAAGACUUUUCUGACUGAGGUGAAAGUGAUGCGCAGCCUGGACCACCCCAAUGUGCUCAAGUUCAUUGGUGUGCUGUACAAGGAUAAGAAGCUAAACCUGCUGACAGAGUACAUUGAGGGGGGCACACUGAAGGAUUUCCUGCGAGGAAUGGAUCCGUUCCCCUGGCAGCAGAAGGUCAGAUUUGCCAAAGGAAUCGCCUCGGGAAUGGCCUAUUUGCACUCUAUGUGCAUCAUCCACCGGGAUUUGAACUCACACAACUGCCUCAUCAAGUUGCAGGACAAGACCGUGGUGGUGGCAGACUUUGGGCUGUCACGGCUCAUAGUGGAAGAGAGGAAAAGGCCCUCUGUGGAAAAGGCCACCACCAAGAAACGCACCUUGCGCAAGAAUGACCGCAAGAAGCGCUACACAGUGGUGGGAAACCCCUACUGGAUGGCUCCUGAGAUGCUGAAUGGAAAGAGCUAUGAUGAGACGGUGGAUAUCUUCUCCUUUGGGAUCGUUCUCUGCGAGAUUAUUGGACAGGUAUAUGCAGAUCCUGACUGCCUUCCCCGAACACUGGACUUUGGCCUCAAUGUGAAGCUUUUCUGGGAGAAGUUUGUUCCCACAGAUUGUCCCCCAGCCUUCUUCCCGCUGGCCGCCAUCUGCUGCAGACUAGAGCCUGAGAGCAGACCAGCAUUCUCGAAACUGGAGGACUCCUUUGAGGCCCUCUCCCUGUACCUGGGGGAGCUGGGCAUCCCGCUGCCUGCAGAGCUGGAGGAGUUGGACCACACUGUGAGCAUGCAGUACGGCCUGACCCGGGACUCACCCCCCUAGCCCUGGCCCAGCCCCCUGCAGGGGGGCGUUCCACAGCCAGCAUUGCCCCUCUGUGCCCCUCUGUGCCAUCCGGCCUUCCUGUGGAUUGGCGGCCUGUUUAGAAGCAGAACAAGCCAUUCCUACUACCUCCCCAGGAGGCAAGUGGGCACAGCACCAGGGAAAUGUGUCUCCACAGGUUUUGAGGCCUGGUCACCGUCUGUAAAUUCAAUACUUGCCUGAAAGCUGUGAAGAACAACAAAAAACCUGGCCUUUGAGCCAGGAGGAAUCUGUUACUCAGAUCCACCCAGGAACUCCCUGGGAGUGGAUUGUGGGAGCCUCUUGCUUACACUAAUCAGCGUGGCCUGGACCUGCUGGGCAGGAUCCCAGGGUGAACCUGCCUGUGAACUCUGAAGUUGCUAGUCCAGAUGGGUGUGGGAAGACUUCAAGUGGGAGUGUAGACAAAAGAAAGACUGGUGGCCAGGAGGCCCUUGAAGGGUGUGAAAAACACAGUGAUGCUCCCUACUUCCACUCCAGAUCCUGCCCUUCCUGGAGCAAGGUUGAGGGAGUAGGUUUUGAAGAAUCCCUUAAUAUGUAACGGAACAGGCCAGGAGUUACAGAAAGGGCUGGUUUCUGUUCACCUGCUCACUGGCUCUAGCCAGUCCAGAGACCACAUCAAUGUGAGGGGAAGCCUCCACCUCAUUUUCAAACUUACUACUGGAGACUGGCUGAGAGCUUAUGGACAACAUCCUUUCCAUCUGCAAAAAACAGUCACUUACAAGCACAGGAAGAGGUUGGGGGACUAGAAAGAGGCCCUGCCCUCUAGAAAGCCCAGAUCCUGGUUUCUGUUACUCAUACUCUGGUUUCUGUUACUCAGUCAGAUGCCUAAGACAUUUUGCCUAAAGCUAGAUGGGUUCUGGAGGAUAGUGUGGCUUGUCACAGGCCUAGAGUCUGGGGCAGGGGAGUGGGAGUCUCAGCAAUCUCUUGGUCUUGGCCUCGUGGCAACCAUUGCUCACCCUUCAACAUGCCUGGUUUAGGCAACAGCUUGGGCUAGAAAAAGAUGGUAGCAGAGUCCUAAAGCUGAGAUGCUGAGAGAGACAGCUCCCUGAGCUGGGCCAUAUGACUUCUACCUCCCUUGUUUGCUCUCCCAGUUCAUUAGCUCCUAGCAGCAUCCUCCUGAGCCACAUCUGAAGGUACUGGAAAGCCUGGGGCUACCCUCCAUCUUGGCUCUCAGAGCUCUAGGAACUUUUCAGCACAACUAGAUUUGCCUCUUCCUAAGUGUCUGUGAGCUUGCACCAUAUUUAAUAAAUUGGGAAUGGGUUUGGGGUAUUAGCGCAAUGUGUGGUGGUUGUAUUGGAGCAGGGGGAAUUGAUAAGAGGAGAGUGGUUGCUAUUAAUAUUAUCUUGUUAUAUCUUUUGGGUGGUAUGUGAAUAUUGUACAUAGACCUGAUGAGUUGUGGGAACAGAUACCAUCUCUGGCCGGAGUUUACUUGCUAUGUAGACUGUACUUAUAUGUGAAGUUUGCAAGCUUGCUGUAGGGCUGAGCCUUGGACUCUUCAGCAGCAGCACAGUUUAGCACUGUGUGGCUGGUUGCGUCCCAGCGUCCCCAGCAAGUAUGGGAGUGGUGGGCCUAAACUGGGCCAUUGAUCAGACUAAAUAAAUUAAGCAGCUAACAUAA